AUGUUGUUCACUUCACUGUAUUUCUCCUUUAUAUUGGGGGCUUUUCUCUUCUUGCUGCUGGUGCUGCUGGCUGGACAGUUGUACCAAAACAGGGUUCUCAAGAGAGCCCUGUACCAAGGGGGUCUUACCCCUCUACAUGAGGCCAUCUAUGAGGAGAUAGAAUACAACCUGACCAGGGGAGAGACAUACAGAGGUGCCAGGAAAGGAAGUGUCCUGUCUGAGGAUGUGCCCUCUGGGUACGAAGAUGUGGAGGACAGUGAGGGAGACCCCCUCUCAGGGACAGAUGAGAAGAAAGAAUACUAUGAUGAUGCUUUUCCUAUGGAAAAAAGUGCAGGUGGUCUGUCAGAGGAUCUGCGUACAGGAGACACAGCAGAGGACUAUGAUGAUGCUGUUACCACAGGACAGAGUCCAGGUUCAGCACUGAUGGGGACACAAGACACAGAGGAGGACUAUGAUGAUGCUGUGGGUGUAGAACAGAGUCCACAUGUGUUACCAGGAGAGAAAGCAUUGACCACUCUGCCCCCUGGUGAGGGACCCCCUCGUGAGGGACCCCCUGGUGAGGGACCCCCUGGUCCUGACCACACUGACUAUGAUGAUGUGGGAGACGGAGGAUCGUCUGCAGUUCUGGAAUCUCUCUGUGACUCAGAGUCCAGUCUGUGUCUGAAGGUCCUUCUGCCCAAAGCUUCAAACCAACAGGCUCAUCAAGAUCUGAUGUUUCUAAAGUAGCUGGUAACACAGUAACCUUUGAUUUUUAAGUUUUCAUUUUUCU